AUGACCAUGCUGGCUGAGAAGAUGGCAACCACUGAAGAAGCAACAUCAGCAGCAAUCCUCUCCACCAACAGCUUCUCUCACGAUCACAACCCUUUUGCUGCUGGAUCCAAUCCUCCUCCUCCUCCUCUCAAUAAGAAGAAGAGAAACCUCCCAGGAACUCCAGGCAAGCAAAACACUUAUCAAGAUCAUGUUUGGUAUAUUCAAAAUCCAGAAGCAGAAGUGAUAGCCUUAUCGCCAAAGACACUGAUGGCAACCAACAGAUUCCUCUGCGAAAUCUGCGGCAAAGGGUUCCAGCGAGACCAGAACCUGCAGCUCCACAGGAGAGGCCACAACCUGCCGUGGAAGCUGAAGCAGCGGACAAGCAAGGAGAUCAGGAAGCGCGUCUACGUCUGCCCCGAGAAAUCGUGCGUCCAUCACCACCCGUCUCGAGCACUCGGGGACCUCACGGGGAUCAAGAAGCACUUCUGCAGGAAGCACGGCGAGAAGAAGUGGAAGUGCGACAAGUGCGCCAAGAGGUACGCGGUUCAGUCGGACUGGAAGGCUCACUCCAAGACCUGUGGCACUAGGGAGUAUAAAUGCGACUGCGGGACUUUGUUCUCUAGGCGUGACAGCUUCAUAACCCAUCGAGCAUUCUGCGACGCGUUGGCUGAAGAAACAGCGAGGAUGAAUGCAGCAUCCACAAUCUCGAGCUUGAGCAACCUGAGCUACAAUAAUCUAAUGGGUGCGGCUCCACUGGCCCACCACAUGGCUCCACAUUUCUCGUCUUUGUUCAAGCCAAUCUCCAUCAAGGAUCACCAGCACCACCACCAACACCACCAGGCAGAGAUUCUGCUGAAUCAAGAACCAAGGGGGAUGAUGGCCCUGUGGACGAGUCAAGCAGCGCUCCACGAGCCAUCCAUAGGCAGCAAUAGCAGCAGUAUCAUACACCAAGAGAUUCGCCGAAUGGGGUCCAUAACUUCAGGCCCCAUGUUUGGGGAUCACAUUCCUCUCCCUCCUCAAUCCGAACAUCAUCAUCACUACGAUUUGAGUUGGCCGAUUGUAGGAUUAAACAACGGCAGCAACAACAACAACAACAGCAAGAGCAACAGUAGUGGUUGCAUAACAAGCACAACCAAUGUGAGUGUUCCUUCAUUGUACAGCACGCAAAAGCAGCAGCAGGGAGGAGGUGUUUCCUUAUCGUCGUCGUCGUCACCAUUGUCAUCAUCAGCAAACAUGUCAGCCACUGCUUUGCUGCAGAAAGCUGCUCAAAUGGGGGCAACUUCGACCACUGCUGACCCGUCUUUCCUUGGAAGCCUAGGAAUCACCAAGCCCAACAGCAGCAGCAGCAACAACAACAACAACAACAACAGUCAUGUCAACAGUAGCCAAGCGAUGGUUCAAGCUGAUCACUAUCAUGGCAACAGAUUUUGUGGGUUGUAUGGUACCACUGAUUCGAGUCAUCAUCAAAGUAGUAUGGUCAGCCCGUUUGGAAGUCUGUUGGAGAACUUCAACUCAUCAGCUGCAAGAGUUGGUGCUGCUAAUAAUGAUAUACUGAACCUGAGUCAUGUUCAGCUUCAACAUCAGCAGCAUCAGCAGGAGCUGCAAGCAGCUAUGUACCCAGCAUGGAAAAGGCAGAAGACAUUCCAGGGCAGUGAAGACUGUGGUGGAGGUGGAGGUGGAGGAGGAGGGCAAACCAGGGAUUUUCUUGGGGUUGGAGCAGCUGUUCAUCAAGCCUUGUGCCACCCAUCAUCAAUCAAUGGAUGGAUCUAAUAUUCCUUUUUUUUUUCUCCCUUUCCUUUGUGGGUUUUUUUUUUAAUUGUUUG